AGUGUAUGAGCAAACUCCAGCUUUUUAGCGACAAUGAGUCCGAAGAACAUUUCGAGGACCAUCAUGAAGAAGAGAAGGAAAUCGAUUCGAGGUUCCACAAGACACAACUCGAAGGAGUUGAGGGUCAAGUCCUCUUACAAAUGCAGAAGAAUUUCAAAGGCGAUAACCGGUUUAAACUUGAUGAUAGGUUUGCUGGGGAUAUCGACUUAUCCAAGAAUAAACUUUCCAAAACAGUUCUAGGUACAAUGUCUAAAAGAGAAGUGAACAUUGUUGCACAAAAGAAAGUAGAAGAUGAAGCACAGAAAAUCUUUGAGUCUAAAAUUGACACACUUGAGAAAACUCGAAAGAGAAAGAAAGUAGGCGAAAAGGAAGAAGUCAAUAUUGAAACAGAGAAGGAUAAGGCCUUCACUCUCUUGUCACAAAUUGUUCCUGCUUCUGAGGUAUUCUUUAAGCCAUCUAAAGGGUCUGACUCCCGUCAUAAGACAAUGACCAUUAAGAGGUUUAAUCCUCGGAACAUUGCAAACUGUAAGCACCUCCUGAAGCCUCAGGAGGAGCCUGUUGCAUCUGCUAAGGAACAGGAUAAGCUACGAAUAAUGGAUUCUUCUGAGUGGGAACAUAAUAAGCCUGAGAUAAAUACCGAAGCACCAGUAGUUGAAGGUCCCAAAGUUGUAGAAAUUAGUUCCGAAUGGCAAAACAUUUCUAAGAAGCAGAAAAAAGAAGAAAUAAAGCAAGACAGUGAUGACUUCGUGCUUGAUUUUGGUGAUGGAGACAAUAGCGGAGGUUUUGGUUUAUUACUGGGAAAAGAGAUCGAAAACGAACCCAAAAAUAUUAAUGAAAUGGAGGAGAAAGAUAUUAAAGAAGAACCAGGAAAAGCUGAGAAAAAGGCAAAGAAAACCAAGAAAGCUAAAAAGGAGAAAAAGCAAAAGAAAACUCAAGAAAGUGAUGAAGAAGAUGAUGAAGAGAAGAAAGAAAAGAAAGACAAAAAGGAGAAGAAAGAAAAGAAAUCGAAGAAAGAGAAGAAAGAUAAAAGCAUUGCAAAAAUUGAUGAAGAAAUCGUAAAGAAUGAUUCUAAUAUGAAUAACUCUCAAAAGGAUGUUAAGACUCUACAGAAAAAUGCUACUCAACCAGACAACAUUGAAUCUACAACAAAAAGCCCUGCUGCACCUCCCAAGGAAGAUACAGCAGCUGAUUCAAAGCAAAAUUCCCAAAGUAAGCCCAAAUCUGCUCCUUCUAAAACUCCUGAAGAGAUAGCAGAUUUCUUACAGAAAAAGAAAGCUAAGAAGCGUGAAAAAUAAAAGGAGAAGAAAGCUUCGUACAAAAAUGGAAAACUUAAGUGAGGACCAAAUGGUUGCUCAUUACUCACAAAAUUACGGUGCCACUGAAGAAAAGGCGAAGGAAUAUGUCAAGUUGAUGAUGCUUGUACGAGAUUACAAAAAGGGAAAAAAACAGAAAAAGUCAAAAUAGAGCCAAACCUAGAUUAUAAUUUACAAACAGAUCGUUA